CAAGUUGAUCGAAAACCAAUCAAGCGAGUCGUUAAAUAAGAGAGAGAGAGAGAGUCGGCCGAGUCUUGCCCUAGGUAACCGUUUCCCCUCAAUUCAGCUGAGGCCAGCCAAGGAUCCCUCCUUGACAGUCGUUCCCUCCUCGUGUCUGUGGGAUUCCGAUCGUGUUGUUGAUCGCGGACUGGAGUUCCUAGGAUCGUGUGGACGAUUCUCUGGGCGAGUAACCGUUCGUGUGGACGAACUAGAGGCCAAGCACUUGAACGACUUAUUUCAAUCCGAUCGAUUCAAAAGUGUAGUAGCACCUGCACUAGCACUAGCUGGACAUAGUGUCAGUGUGCCAAGAUGAACAAAAUCCUUUUCCGGGAGAUCGCCAUUGCGGCGUUUCUCUUCUUCGUCGUUAGGCUGUUUGUGAACACCCUCUCCAGCCGGAAGCGCCCAAGGAAGCUGCCCCCGGGCCCGAAAGGGUGGCCAAUCAUUGGGGCCCUGCCACUGCUGGGGAGCAUGCCCCACGUUGCCCUGGCCAAGAUGGCCAAGAAGUACGGGCCGGUGAUGUACCUGAAGAUGGGUACCUGCAACAUGGUUGUCGCCUCGACCCCAAAUGCUGCCCGGGCAUUCCUGAAAACCCUGGACAUCAACUUCUCAAACCGGCCUCCCAAUGCCGGCGCGACCCACCUGGCCUACAAUGCACAGGACAUGGUUUUCGCCGACUACGGGCCGAGGUGGAAGCUGCUGAGGAAGCUGAGCAACCUACAUAUGCUCGGAGGAAAGGCCCUCGAAGACUGGGCUCGGGUACGAGAGUUUGAGGUCGGGCACAUGCUCCAAGCCAUGUGCGAAGUCAGCAAACGCGGCGAGCCCGUGGUCGUGCCCGAGAUGCUGACUUACGCUAUGGCAAACAUGAUCGGGCAGGUGAUACUCAGCCGGAGGGUGUUCGUGAUGAAGGGAUCAGAAUCCAACGAGUUCAAAGACAUGGUGGUGGAGCUGAUGACUUCGGCGGGGUUCUUCAACAUUGGGGAUUUCAUACCAUCCAUCGCGUGGAUGGACCUGCAGGGGAUCGAGGGAGGGAUGAAGAAGCUGCACAAGAAGUUCGACGUGCUGAUAACGAAAAUGAUCAAGCAGCACGCUGCAACAGCCCGCGAGCGCAAAGGGAAGCCCGAUUUCCUCGACGUCGUGAUGGCCAACUCCGAGCUCUCGGAGGGAGAGCGACUGACUGUAAUUAACAUUAAGGCACUCCUUUUGAAUUUAUUUACUGCGGGGACCGAUACCUCGUCGAGCAUCAUAGAGUGGGCGCUUGCGGAGAUGCUGAUGAAUCCUAAGAUCUUCAAGCGGGCCCAUGAGGAGAUGGACCGGGUCAUCGGCCGCAACCGGCGACUCCAGGAGUCCGACAUCCCGAAGCUCCCUUACCUUCAGGCCAUCUGCAAGGAGUCCAUGAGGAAGCACCCCUCAACGCCCCUGAACCUGCCCAGGGUCUCGACCAAGCCGUGCGAGGUCAACGGGUACUACAUCCCCAAGGGGACCAGGCUGAGUGUUAACAUUUGGGCGAUUGGGCGGGACCCAGACGUGUGGGAGAACCCGCUGGACUUCACCCCGGAGAGGUUCCUCGACGAGAGGUACUCCAAGAUCGACCCGCGGGGGAACGACUUCGAGCUGAUCCCGUUUGGGGCUGGGAGGAGGAUCUGCGCCGGGACAAGGAUGGGAAUUGUGCUCGUCGAGUACAUACUGGGGUCGCUGUUGCACUCGUUCGAGUGGAAGCUACCAAGCGGCGUCGGCGAGCUCAACAUGGACGAGGCGUUCGGGCUGGCGUUGCAGAAGGCCGUGCCUCUCUCGGCCCUCUGUAGCCCUAGGCUUUCUCCUAGUGCGUAUGCAUCUUAA